CCAAACGGUGCCCCCUAUCCGCACUAGGGAAUGCAAUCACGGCUCUGGGCUCAUCAUGGCGGCCUCCUGGCGGCUGGGCUCGUGUCUGCUGAGGGCGGUCGCUCUGCGGGAGGGCGUCUGUGCGGCUCAGCGAUGCCCCAGGUCGCUCUUCUCCACCGUGACCCUGGGGACCCUGACCCCUCGGGGUGCAGCGGUCGCCCCCGUCGUCACUCAGCCACGGCGUCACGGCAGCUUUUUCAACAAACUGACGGCUGACGAGCUGUGGAAAGGCGUCGUGGCCAAUUCGGGGUCGGCGAUGCGCAAGGGUCGAGGAAAGAGGGCCAAGCGCAAGUUCAAGAAGAACCUCAACUUUGGACAGACCAUCGGGGAAGGUCAGGGCGGCUUCUUGUGGCCGGGCCUGAACAUGCCGAUCCGUCUGGAGGACGGCGUCCAGAAGCCGAGUCGGCGCAGCGCGGCGGAGCAGCUGGAGAUGCAGGCCAACAUGCUCCUCAAGCGGGACGAGUGGGACAAGAAGAAGCGCUUCCGCUUGAAGACGGAGCGCGGCUGGUCCGGACGCAACUGGGGUGGCAUCAGCCUCGGCCCACCCGACCCCAGCCCCAACGGAGACACUUACGAAGACUUUGAUUCCAGGGUUAUCGAGGUGAGAAACGUGUUUCACAUGACGGGCAAGGAAGGGCGCAAGAAGUCGUGCCGGGCUCUCGUGGUUGUAGGCAACAAGAAGGGCGCAGCUGGGUUCGCGAUCGGAAAAGCUCCGGAAAGGACAGCGGCACUGAGAAAGGCGAAGAACAUGGCGAUCCACUACCUCUAUUACAUCGAGCGCUACAACGACCACACAGUUUACGAAAACUUCAACACGACGUACCGUCACACGGCCAUCACGGUGAAGAAGAUGCCGCGCGGCCAAGGGCUGCACUGCCACCGCGCCAUCAUCACCAUGUGCCGCCUCAUCGGCAUCGAGGACAUGUACGCCAAGGUCACCGGCUCCGUCAACCUCAUCAACAUGACCAAGGCCUUCUUCCUGGGCCUCACCACGCAGGAGACGCACCAGCAGGCCGCCGACCGCAGUGGCCUGCACGUGGUGGAGCUCCGCGACGAGACGGGGCCGCUGCCCGUGGUGGUGGCGUCGCCCCGCACGCCCGUGUCCACCACGCCCCUGGAGGAGGACGCCGUGUCGCUCGUGCCGCCCGACUGGAACGACGUGAAGAGGGCGCACGGGCUCGGCCGGUCCAAGUGGAGCGGCGUGAAGCGCACGGUCGCCUUCUGAGAGUCUCGCGGCCAUCGUACUCCCGUCACCUUCCGAGAGCCACGGUGCAUACAAAGGGGAUUCACUCAAAGAUCCGCACAGAUGCGUUCCCGUGGCUCCUUGGCAUCGCCAUCACAAAGGCGCGUACGGAAAACACUGCUGGAAAAUGUCGAGUUGGCGAUCGUCGCAGGAUAUCCCACGAUCUAACGUCGUCGUCGUUACGCGUCGGAUAAAGCAGUCGAGUUACGUGACGGCGUGAUGAUCGUUGCUUGUGCUUAACGCGUGCAGAUUUUAUAUUGAGAAAUGUACAUUUUGGACACGAUGCUUAUAUCGCGGUGGUACAUCUAAAUAAAGAAUGUGAAACUUA